AUGGCGACCGUAAUCGUAAAUUUUGAUAAUCAAAGACAAACAUUGGAUUUAGGUGAGUGUUUAAGUAUAUAUUCUGAAAUUGUAGGGAAGAUUAAAGGUAAAAUUGCUGAAUUUAAACGAAAGGAAUGUGCAGAUUUCAAGGACGAAUGUAAACAAUUAAUUGCACAUAUAAAUGAAGAAAAAGAGAAGCUUAAAAAGUGUGAUACUAAAAGUUUUCCAUAUUUUAACUUAGAUGUUAAUGAAGAUAUAAAACGUUUUUAUGGAAUAUGUAAUGCAAAUACUGAUAGUAAUUACAUCUUACCACAAUGUAAAAAUCUCACUGAAUUAAAAGAUGAUACACAAAUAUCCUACGAAAGAAAUCAAGACUCUGUAAAAAGUGUAAAAGAACCAAAAGGAAAUACGGGUGAAGGAAUAUCACAACUGAAUGAAAAAGACUCUCAAAAAAUAAAUUCAGAAACAAUUGCUGCUCGAAGCGAUGAACAUAAUAGUCAACCCAUAAAUGAUCAUCUCUCAGUUGAUAAGGAUGUUGCUGUGUUUUCUACCACAGAAUAUCGUGCUCCGGAAACUUCUAUUAGUGGAAAACCUGGUGAUAGAAGCUCCCCUCUUAUAGCUACUGAUAGAGCAGAUGAUUUUAUGAUAUCCCUUUCUUCUGUAGGUACUGAUAGCGUAGGGGAUACUACUGUAUCAUCUGACCAUACACCUAGUGUUAAAAGUAAUGCUGGAAAUGCUUCUCCUAGUGAACCUGAAGUUACUAAGGCUGCUAAUAAUGAACCCAGUGACAGUAAAGUUGCUGAUAAUGCAGUUUCGGUUGUUAAAUCUAAACAGGGUAAGGCCCCAUGUAGUAAUAAUCCCUGUAACAAUGAAUCUUGUCGGGUAUUUUCUGGUGGAACAUCUUGCAGUGAGGAGAUACAGGAUAAUCAAGUUUCUUCUACUAGUGUACCUAAUUCUGCGAAAUUACAAAGGGUCAAUUCUACUCAAGGCGAAGCGGGCACUGGACAAGAAAGAGCUGAUCUAGGAAGUCAGGUACAAACAGAAAAGGCACAAAAAAUGAAAAAUUCCAUCAAAAACUUCACUCAAAUAUGGUACAUGAUACACACAUGCAACCAUCACAAAAUCAGGGAGGUCAUGAAGUCUCAACACAUAGUUCACAUCAUGGAAAUCAGGAAACACCUGGAGGUAAACAUUAUUUAA